AUGACGAACCCAUACGCUCCUCAAAAUCCGUGCUUGCCCAUGGUGGUAUCGGCCUUCGUGCUCAACGAAGCCGUUGCAAGUGAUCCUGAUGCAAGAAUUGCACCCAUCACCCAGCCAAAUUAUUCAUUCCUUCGAUUGGCGGAAGACAUCAUCCAGAACGACGCUCAGGAUCCCACUGACUUGCACUACACCUAUCCUGCUACGAAUAAUCCUCGUCUCUACGACAUUGGAAGGAAUGUCCGCCUGGACAGGAGCAUCGGCACGUACGUCAGCUGGACUUUACCAAAACUGUACCGGUCCGGAGUGGCCGCAACACCAAACUCACAAGGCGAUACUGAUGCCGACAAGGACCAGGCUCGCCAGGAAAAAGGCCUUCCACCAGUUUCAAGUCAGCGAGCAAGUGGAGGUGGUACUUUGCAAGGUGACUACUCAUCUCCCGAUUUCCGGUUUGCUCCGACGAGAUGGCUUGUUGUCCGAUUAAUCGACAAGAGCUCGAUUGCAAAUCUCCCGGCGACGACUGCUGACAAGCUCGAGUUCACUGCGUGGAUUGUGGACAGCGACUUGGUCACGAAUCUUGAGGAUAUCAAACUGGGCCUAGAUCUACAAGUCGACUUCUCACCGUUUAUUAAUACGACCACUCAGAACGACAAUUUGGCGUUGUUGAAGCAAGCUGAAAUCUUCCUGGGCCGCUGUAUUGACUACGAAUCAUGGAACGAAGUGUCCGCGGCCGAUAUGCGAAGCCGGCCCCAGCUGUCUGUUUUGAAUGCUGCGAAUCCAAUUUUUGCGGACUUCCAGCCUCAUAAUUCCAAUGUCUUCAGCAUCGUUGACAACUUCAAUUACACUGAUGAGAAUGGCAACAACGCGAUCCUUCAAAGCGCCACCGCUUCAUACUAUGUGAUCGGAUGGCACAGCAAAGAGGAGGAAGAUCCCUUCUUUAUGACGGCCGCUGCAAUUCAAGCCAAGCAGACUCUUCAAACUAGGCUGAACAAUCUUUCAAUCGACCUCCCAAAUCCAAACAAGGACAAAUCAAUUUCGGAUUGGCUCUCAUUCAUCGGAUCAGCUCGAUCUGUAUGCCAUGGCGCCAUCUACAAUGUGCAGUGGACGUAUGACAAGAUGCCUCCGAGUCCUGCUCAACUGACUGGGCAAUAUUUGAGCAAAACGACCAACGAGCCCGUGGCCAUUGGGACCACUCCCACAGGUUUGUCUCUGGUCCUUGCCGAUUUGCUUUUGGUGCUAAUUCCGGUUCAGACACGGUUCUCUCAUAUGUACAUGCGCAUAUGA